AUGGAAGAGGUGGCUGAAGUAUUUGCAGGGCCACCAACAUCAACAGUAAUGGGAAGAAUUAACCACCACCACCACCACCACCAAACCUCUGCUAUUGCCAAAAGCCAAAAACAGUCCCUGCAAAUAAUCACAGCAGUCCAAGUGCGCCCAUUGAACGGAGACAAUAAUAAUUCCACAAGCAUGCAUGAGCAGAGGCAGAGCUACUCGGAAGGUGGUUCAGAACAUGACAGAGAGGGAGAGGGAGAGAGAGAGGAAGAAGGAGAGCCCAACCCACAAGAUGCUUGGCUUCCUAUCACCGAGUCCAGAAAGGGCAAUGCCUUCACCUCAGCAUUUCAUCUACUAUGUUCCGGGAUCGGAAUUCAAGCCCUUGUACUUCCCGUCGCAUUCGUCGCUCUUGGAUGGUUUUGGGGUAUCCUGUGCUUGUCUAUGGCAUUUCUAUGGCAGCUCUACACCAUAUGGCUUCUUGUCCAUCUUCACGAAUCAGUCCCAGGAACACGCUUCAGCAGAUACCUCCACCUAUCCAUAGCAGCCUUUGGUCGAAAAUUGGGGAAAUUUCUUGGCAUAUUCCCGGUAAUGUAUUUAUCAGGGGCCACAUGUGCGAUGCUGAUAAUCACCGGAGGAGGAACCAUGGAACAUUUCUAUCAAGUCAUGUGUGGGAAAGAGGGCACAUGCAGUGCCAAGACAUUAAGUGGUGCAGAGUGGUACUUGGUUUUCAUAUUUUUGGCCAUAUUUGUGGCUUUAUUCUGUCCAAACUUGAAUUCCUUGGUUGGUGUCUCACUCAUCGGCGCAAUCACUGCUGUUGGAUACUGCACAAUAAUAUGGGUUCUCUCUAUCUCCAAGGGUAAGCCUGACGGUGUAUCUUAUGAGCCAUCUGAGGAGGCAGCAUCAGAAAUGGAUAGAAUUCGGAGCAUAUUGAAUGCGAUUGGGAUCAUUGCUCUUGCUUUCAGAGGUCAUAACCUUGUCCUUGAGAUUCAGGGGACUAUGCCUUCAAGUGCAAUACAUCCAAGUCAUGAGCCAAUGUUGAGAGCAGUGACAAUCUCAUAUCUAUUCAUCCCAAUGUGUUUAUUUCCCCUUGCAAUAGGUGGAUAUUGGGCUUAUGAUAGCUGUUGGAGGAAUCUUGAGUGCAUUUUCAAUGUUUCAUGGACACAACACCCCGAGAUUUGUGAUAGGUUUGAUCUACAUGAUAAUAUUGAUCAACUGCUUAUGCACGUUCCAAAUUUUUGCCAUGCCAAUCUUGGACAACUUGGAAUCCAUUUACAUCAGCAGGAAAAAGAGGAGGUGCCCGAGAUGGUUACGCUUAGGUUUUCGAGUCUUCUUUGGAGGAUUGACUUUCUUUAUAUCAGUGGCCCUGCCUUUCUUGGGAAGCCUGGCAGCUCUCAUUGGAGGGAUCAUGUUACCUCUGACAUUUGCUUAUCCAUGUUUCAUGUGGAUCGCGAUCAAGAAACCCCACAAAAAUGGUACGAUGUGGUGGCUUAA